GCCAAAUUUAAAAUCUGACUGGUAAUAUGUGCAAUGUGAGGCACAAGUAGUCAGCAAAUGCCUUCAUUGAUAACAAAGUAUACCAGGAUUAUUACUACACAUACUUGCUACCUAGUCUUCUUUUACUGAGCGAUUAAAUUUGAGGGGUGAUUAUUUCACCAGCUACCUGUCUCCUUCAUCUUUGCUAACUGUGGUUUAGUGGUUAAGUGCUCAGAACCUCCCACAAUCUAAGAAUGCCUGAAGUUCUACCAGUACAGGCUACAUUGUUUGGAGUGCUUGUCUUUUCUGGAAUACUGGGGAAUAUCCUAGUCAUCUUCACGGUAUUCGGCUCAGUGCAUGGGGCACAUUCACAACAGCAUCUCGCACCAUCUGACAUCAUCCUGAUGAAUCUUUCCUUUGCCAAUUUGCUCACAUCAGUUUUUCGAACUGUGCCCAUCUUCAUCUCUGACUUUGGUGUGGAGAUCUAUCUGUCCAACAGCUGGUGCAAAAUAUUCAUGUUCUGUUGGGUGUGGUGGCGCUCUGUUGGUGUCUGGGUCACCUUCACACUCAGUCUCUACCAAUAUCUCACAAUUCGACGGAAAUUUCAGAUAUCAGGAACAUUGGCGAAGUUGGCAGAACGCCGCCGUGUCUUGCUCUCUCUCUUAGUGGUGUGGGUACUGAACUUUCUGUACUCUGUUCCUGCCUUGUUUUACUCAACCCACAUCACAGGUAACAAUACUGCUGAGCUUAUGGUCAUCAGCUGUAAUACACGGCCUUUGCUGGGCUGCAUCUGGGAUUUCCCUAUAGAGAAACAUGGCAUCAUCUUUGCCACAACAUCUUUGGCUAUUCAUGAAGUCACACCCACUGUGCUCAUGGUAGCCACCAACCUUUCAACGCUCUGUGUGCUGAAAAAAUACAUGCAGUCUGUGGCAGAGAGUGGACUUACUACACAUAUGCACUCGGAGAGAAAUGCCAGCAAACUGAUUGUAAUGCUUGUCACAUUUUUUCUGCUUUGUUGGGGCACUCAGAUUUUGGCUGUGUCCUAUUAUAACUACAAUGGAGGAUCUCAAGCUGAAAUACUACUAAUGCUUGCUCAGUUUUCAGCAACCAUUUUUGUUGGGUUCAGCCCCCUAGUUGUCAUGCUUGGACAUAGUAAGAUGCGAAAUCAAGUUAAAAAGUUUUUCUGCCACAGCUGCUUUCGUGCUUCUGCUGGGAAGUGAGAUUUUUAAACAGUUCACUAGCAGUUACAGGGAAACCUGCAGAAC